CAGGUUAACUGUAACAAUUGGUGUCAGGCCAGAUAAGAUGUGAUUUGAUUCUGUACCAUGAGUCAAUACAUAAACUUGUGAAGGAGUGAAUUACAAAGAGUGGGUUUCGAUUAUAAGGAGAAAACAAGAGGUAUUUUUGAUUGUGGUGUUCAAAUGCUGAAUGGGCUGGUGAGGUUUGGUCUUGCCGUCUAACAAGUACCACUGAAAAAUUGCGUUUGUUGGGAGUUUUUUUUAGUGCCUCAGUUCCCCCAAUCAGCAAAGAGUAAGAGUCAAUUUCCUCAACAACCUCCUGGUCUGUAUGUUGUACGUUCACCUUCGCUGUUCUGAGCCUAAAGCCUGGUCAUGUUUUGAUAACGGACUUCGAAAUAAACACACCAAGUCGCUGCUGUAAAGUGGCGCUUCCUUAAAGCCACCGCUAUUUGUCCCAAAGGAGCUGCAAGUGUUGCCCGAAGAUUCAGUGUAACCUUACUACACAAAGAGGCUAACAACUUUAAAGCAGGUUAAGGACCAUUUGAACAAACAACUCUCAAUGUGUUUAAAUACUCGCCAGCAUGUAGUAUUUUGACGAGGUUUUGCUGUUUUUCAAAUAACAAACUGGUGUGCCCUAACAGCUCGGGAUGUGUUUAAACUAAGUGUGAAUGAAAAUAAACCAACUCCGAAAUUUUGACAGAAAAUUCGACAAAUGAAAUGAUAUUACAGCCAAAUGGAGAACUGCCGCUCACAGCACAGUUCGGUUUCGUUAACCGUCGUUGCCAAUUCGACGAUCACUUAAGAGCUUCGUUGAGCCGUUUACACUUUGCGAGUGUUUGGUCAGCACGGACUGUGACUUUGCCUGACACUUUGGUGAAGGAGAGGCUUGCACCUUCAAGGGGACUGGUGUAGGUGCAGCUGGCCCGCAUCUGUAACGGUGUGAAUUUGCUUCAACCGUGAAAUGAGCAUACCCUGGGGAGCAGUAAAACUGCUGGCUCCCAAUCUGCAGCGUGCCUGAAGGUGGGGCAAGUUGGGUCUGACUCGCACUCUUCAAGAGCGCUACCCUGUUGCGGAAAACACAUUUGGUCUUAAAGAGAAAGCCACAACCUCAUGGCGUAUUUUAUUGCAGAGGCGCUCUGGAAAAGUUCGCCGUUGCACCCAUUUGAAAUCAGCGUUCUCGGAUUUAUAUGAAUAAAGCCCCAACGCGACCAGCAAUUACAUUUGUUGAUGUAAUUUCAAAUGUCGACAUUGAAAACGACUCUGCUGGGAGAUUAUGCUGAUGAGCUUUAACUUCACAACACCCCCGCCCCCUAACAUUGAAAUGUUGGUCAGAGAAACAGAAUUGCAACGGGAAAAUCUAUCCAACGGUAUUGGCGCUAAAAUGACUAGCCUAUGUGUCUACGCAGCAGUUUUUUUUCCUAUUGAUUGUGAAUUGUGUGAUCAGGUACACCGAAUACAACAUAAACUCCUUUAGCACUUUCUUUUUCUGAAGCAGAAAUCAGCCAGUGGUACAUGAAUGGUACUAAAACCUCAUUGGAUGCAGCAAUGCUGCAGGACAUGAAGUAAAUUUAUAGAUGCACCCGCCAACGGGUUACUGACCAUAAUAAUGUCUCAGGUUUUAUGGAUUAUUUGUUAUUUGCAUCUUAUUAGGUUUCAGCAAAAACCUGUUCAAAUAGAGAGUGAUAAUUAAUUUUCUGGUUUGCUUAAACCUGGUACAGAAGUGAUUUUCUUGCCUGUUGGUUCAAUGUUGGUCCUAUUUGCCUUGUGGGAGGAGAUCUUCCCGACCCAACAAGGGGUUAAAGUGAUGUCCCAUGGGAUGGAUCUAGGGUUAAUGGCGGGCGGGGCGGACUGGAUGUUAGCCGUGUAACAGAUCCCAGCGUGUAUAUAAAGAGCUCUACUGUGUACGUUCAGGGUACUUUUCUCUGACCCUUACCGAGGUUUGUCUUAAAACUCCAUCGCCUCGUUUAAUUGUACCGAGAGGCUGGGCGAGUUGUGAGCAACAGCGAAACCUGUUGGAUUUCAUGAUGGAUAUUAUGGUCGACUGCCACUUCUCUCCGUCCGACCUGUUUUAUGAUCAUUCUUGCCUCUCGUCGCCCGAGGAGCCAGAGUUCGCAGAUGAGUUUGAGCACGGCGCACUUGUGUUUCGAGAUAACAAGUUGGAGUCCCGCGGGCCGGAGGAAGAGAAGCAUGUCAGGGCCCCGAGCAGCCACCACCAGGCUGCGGGCCACUGUCUCCUCUGGGCUUGCAAAGCCUGCAAGCGGAAAAGUUCCAGCACCGACAGGCGGAAGGCGGCCACCAUGAGGGAAAGGAGGAGGCUUAAGAAAGUCAACCAGGCUUUCGAGACGCUGAAGAGGUGCACCAGCUCCAACCCGAACCAGAGGCUGCCUAAAGUGGAGAUUCUGAGAAAUGCUAUCAGUUACAUCGAGAGUCUGCAGGAGCUCCUGAGGGAACAAGUGGCGAGUUACUACAGUCUCCCUGACAAUGUCAGCUCAGAGCCAGCAAGUCCCACGUCCAACUGCUCGGACGAAAUGAUGGGAUGCAACAGCCCCGUCUGGUCUAGAAGGAACGUCAGUUUUGACCGCAUUCAUUGUUCGGAAUUACAAAACGUUUGUUCCAGCAGCCGAGGUCUGGCUGUUUCCAGUCUGGACUACCUGUCCAACAUAGUGGAGCGGAUUUCACCUUCCCUGGAGCGCUGUCCUGUUUCAGGUCAGGAUAGAAGGACCAUGUCUCCGCCUGUCAGCGAUUCCUCGCAGCCCACCACUCCCAACCAGCCGGUUUAUCACGUUCUUUAAACCCUCAAGCCGCAGGCCUUCAGUAUGGCCGCUUCCACCGCAGAGCACAACAGCCUUUGUGUUCAAAGCUUCAAUCAUAAGUUGUUCUCUAAGUUAGACCAUGUUCUACUGUAUAUUUGUAAAUAGCGUAAUAUUCGUUAGUCGACAAAAAAAUAAUUGUAUUUAAGAACUGAAUAAAACCCCGAAAGACAUUUUAUAAAUCUCAUCAUU